AUGGCGCAGGUUACCAAAAUCUGCAGCGGAGCUCAAAGCCCAGGCUGUUUUCCCAGUAUAUCAGAAACUCGAAGCCCCAAACCCCUCUCGUCGUGGGUUUCCUUUGGGUCGCACUCUGCUGGGUCUUCAAGGUUUGCAGGUUUAAAGCAAUGUCGACGAUUGGGUAAUGUGGGUGCAGUUACCGCUCCUCCUCCUCUUCGGGUUUCGGCUUCGGUUGCAGCUGCCGAGAAACCUUCUAAGGUGCCGGAGAUCGUGUUGCAGCCAAUAAAGGACAUCUCCGGUAUUGUGACUUUGCCCGGUUCUAAGUCUCUGUCCAAUCGGAUUCUCCUUCUGGCUGCUCUCUCUGAGGGUACAACUGUGGUGGACAACUUGUUGAAUAGUGAUGAUGUUCAUUACAUGCUUGGUGCAUUGAAAACACUUGGACUCAAUGUGGAGCAUAACAGUGAACAGAAGCGUGCCAUUGUCGAAGGCUGUGGUGGCGUGUUUCCUGUAGGUAAGCAGGCAAAGAAUGACAUCAAACUUUUCCUUGGAAAUGCUGGAACAGCAAUGCGACCGCUGACAGCAGCUGUCACUGCUGCCGGUGGAAAUUCAAGUUACAUCCUUGAUGGGGUACCACGAAUGAGGGAGAGACCUAUAGGAGAUUUGGUUGUUGGUCUCAAGCAGCUUGGUGCUGAUGUCGCUUGUUCUUCUACAAGCUGUCCUCCUGUUCUUGUAAAUGGAAAGGGAGGCUUACCAGGAGGGAAGGUUAAGCUUUCUGGGUCAAUUAGUAGUCAAUACUUGACUGCUUUGCUUAUGGCUGCUCCCUUGGCCCUUGGAGAUGUAGAAAUCGAGAUUAUUGAUAAACUGAUUUCCAUACCUUAUGUGGAUAUGACUCUCAAAUUGAUGGAACGGUUUGGAGUCACAGUGGAACACAGUGGUAGCUGGGAUCGUUUCUUUAUCAAAGGAGGCCAGACGUACAAGUCUCCUGGGAAUGCUUAUGUGGAAGGUGAUGCUUCAAGUGCCAGUUACUUCCUAGCGGGGGCUGCCAUAACUGGUGGCACUAUCACUGUUGAAGGUUGUGGAACAAGUAGUUUACAGGGUGAUGUAAAAUUUGCUGAAGUGCUCGAGAAAAUGGGAGCUAAAGUUACAUGGACAGAGAAUAGUGUCACAGUUACAGGGCCUCCACGAGAUGCCUCUGGUAGAAAGCAUUUGAAAGCUGUUGAUGUAAACAUGAACAAAAUGCCAGACGUUGCUAUGACUCUAGCAGUGGUUGCUCUCUAUGCUGAUGGACCUAUUGCCAUAAGAGAUGUGGCUAGUUGGAGAGUGAAAGAGACGGAACGCAUGAUUGCUAUUUGCACAGAACUCAGGAAGUUGGGAGCGACAGUUGAGGAAGGACCAGAUUACUGCAUAAUCACUCCACCCGAGAAACUAAACAUUGCUGAAAUCGACACGUAUAACGAUCACAGGAUGGCGAUGGCUUUCUCCCUUGCUGCUUGUGCUGAUGUACCAGUCACAAUAAGGGACCCUGGCUGCACAAAGAAAACGUUCCCUGAUUACUUUGAAGUCCUUGAAAGGUACACCAAGCAUUGA